UGAUACUCAGCUGAUUGGUGGCUGCACAUCCCAUCUGAUGAAUUUGCGUUGUUUGUCAAUAAAGAAUCGAAUACUUGACGAUGUGUUUGUCAGGGGCAAAUAUUUCCAAAAAAGAAUGAUGUGUGGUCAUCUGUUGUGUUCCCAUUCAAGAGAGGAUUUAAGUUAACUGGUGCAGGUGACAAUGACAUGCUAGAGUACACAUGAAUUAGAAUAUGGCUGCCCCUCCUAUUCCUCCCAAAGGUGGUUCUGAUUCAUGGUUGAGAGGUAAUGUGGUUACUGACCCACAUUCAUGGCGAUCUGACAGUCAGAAUUUGUUUUCUAGUAGUGAUUCUCAGCCAAAGACAUGUUUUAAUGACAACUUCUCAUCAGUAUUCUGUGAUAGCAUACAACAGAGUGAUAAUGCACCUCCUUUACCACCACGGCCCUCUGCUGAUGCAUUUCAACGAACACAAAAGCCAACUUUUGAAGUUAACGAACUGAAUUUAGUUCCUCCUCCACCUGGUAGUGGUCAGCUGUAUAAGAACCCAUCACCUGAAUUGCGUCGAUUUUCAUCUGGUCUUACUAGCAGUUCCUUCAACUCUGUUUCUUACAGCAUGACAAAGACAACUACUUUGUUCCAAAAUAAUGUGCCUGGAAAUUCUGGUUCAUCAGUGACUAGGAGUUAUUUAUCUAAUAAUGUCCAACGUUGCAAUUCACUAAUACCACAGACUGCUCAACCCCUUGCAUUUACUAACAGCUUAUACCAAAGUCAGUAUGGGCAAGAGUUUUCAUUUCCAGGAUUUCAGGUUCUGCACAGUAAAUCAGCUCCGAAUAUUCCCAACUCAACUGUGCUUACUGGAACAACUGGUAAUCAUGCAAUUACUGCACAAAAUUUUGGUAUUAAUGCAUUAUCUACUGCAAGAUUUUCAGUGCCAAAUGAAAAUAAUUUAAUGAACAGAACUUCAUAUGCUGUUAUUAAUCACAAUCAAAGGUUUUCUAACAAUAAUACUCCAGCUAAUUUAGAAGAUAUAUACAAAUUUAUGAAAAAGAGGAGUGAUAGUAAUUUGAUAGAUUUAUAUUGCAAUGACCAGGAAUUGAAAUAUCAAAGUAAUCAGAGUAGCAAAUGCAGUGAAGAUAUUUUAAAGCUUUUUGAUCCUCUUGCUGAUACUGUUAGUUAUUCUUCUAAAACUGAGAAAGUAGAAUUUGUUGAAAAGAAAUCAACUGAUUUAGUAGAUUGUUCAGUCAAGCCUAAGCCUUUUGAGGCGAAGGCAGACAUUAUUCAAAAAGAAGUUGUUUCUGAAACUAUUCCAAAGGAAGUUUGUUCUGAAUCAGUGAAUUUGUCUAAUCAUUGCAAUGGUAAAUCUGACUCCAUUUUGAAAAUAAUCCAUAAAACUGAUAAUUUCUCAAAAGAAUUUGAGGCUUUCUGUGCCAAACUCAGAAAGUUGAGGCAAGAAUUUUCAUAUGAUGAUCAUGUUACAAAUGCUGGUUUGGUUAUAAGCCCAUCACUUGAUAGUAAUCAAGAAGAUUCUUUGAGCAUCAAGUUGAUAAUUUCAUCAAUUAAUACUGACAGACCUGUAUCUUUUACAUGUGAUGUUAAUACUAGUGUGGAACACAUAAUCAGCCAUACGGUUUGUUCUAUAUUUGAUAAUGCUUCAUCUUUAUCAAUGGAUAAUUUUGUUUUAAAAGUGCAUGGCUUAUCUGAAUACUUUACUUCACAUUCAACUCUAGCUGACUAUGAAUAUGUUCAUCAGUGUCACAAAUUUGAUAAACCUGUUUGCUUGACUUUAACUGACAUUAAAGAUUUAAAACGACCCUUUGCCAGAACCAGAAAGGAUGAUAAUAAUGAUUCAAAUUUUAAAUAUAUAGAUAUUGCUCCUUCCUUAAGGAAAGGAGUCAUUUCAUAUGAAUCUAUCAGUAUUCUGCUAGAUACUUUAGAAAAAGAAAUGGAAAAGAUAAAAUCAAGUGCCUUAAAGUUUGAUUCUUUAGAUUCACUGAAGCCACAAGGAGUUAUCCAAGCUGUGAAAGCCAUUUGUACUUUGCUGUCACAUGUUGAAACUUCAGAAAUAACCGAUACUGUUGAAGCUUUUAUUAGAGUAUGCCUUCUAUAUGAUAAAUCUGCUGAAUCAGACUUUGAUACUUUACCAGAGCUGGGAAGUUUAGGUAAUUCCAAAGGCAAAAAAUCUGAAAGUGAUUUAUUGAAUUUUUUUCAAUUACUGGAACUGAGCCUGUCUCAUUUGCAAAAUGCAGUUCACGAGUUACUUGUUAUGUAUGCCAAAACUUUUCGAGUAAAUUUUGAAAUAGAAGCUCUUGAUGUUCCUCUUCAGGAAAAAAUGGUAACAGAUUUUUUAGAUACUCCACUUUUUGAACUUGGUAUAAUACAUAGACUAGAUCCUAAUAUUACAUCGACAUUUGAACAGUUUUUCAUAGUUUGUGAGAUUUACCAUGGUGGAUUACUGCUAACCUCAGUAACUUCUAAAAAAUCAAAACAAUCAAAGAGUUUUUUCCCUCAAAUAGUAUUUGAAGAAUGGUUACAAUUUGAGAAUAUAUCGAUGUGUACAUUGCCCAAAGAAUCUGUACUCUAUUUUACUUUGUGGGGAAUUAGUCAGAGUCAGAAUGAUGCUAAGCAAUCUAAUAAUAAUGUAAAUAACAAGUCUUGUAUUGGCUGGUGUGGAAUACGUUUGUUUUCUUAUGAGGGAAUGCUAGCUCAGGGUAGCUUUUUAUUAGGAUUUUGGCCACCUGAAGUUUCCAAAAACAGUGGUCCAUUGUUAUCAAAUCCAGAUUCAAAUUGCUCACUUAUUCAUGUUCGACUACCAGAUUUUGGAUGUGUUGUUAAGUUUCCACCUGUUAUUGAUAAUAAAUUUGCUUCUACUCAGAAGCGUGAUUUUGAGAAUUUAGAACCCCAUGUUCAAACUGUUUUAAAAGAAAUAAUUGCAAAAGAUAAUUUGAAACCGUUGUUAUCAGAUGAGAAAGAAUUGUUAUGGGAGAGAAAAUAUUAUUUGCAUCAAUUUCCCAUUGCAUUACCCAAAGUUUUGCUCUCUGCACAUGGUUGGGACUGGGCAUGCUUAUCUGAUAUAUAUGCUUUAUUAAAGGCUUGGUCACCAUUAUCACCAGUUGAAUCACUGCACCUUUUAAUGCCUUGUUUUCCUAAUUUAGAAGUUAGAAAAACUGCUAUAAGUUGGAUGAAAGAUAUUGUGAGUGAUGAGCUCUGCGAUUAUUUGCCUCAGAUGGUACAAAUAUUGAGGUAUGAAGCUUGGGAUGAUUCUCCUACUGCAUGGUUUCUCCUUGAAAGAUCCUUAACAAGUGUCAGAGUUGCCCAUCAUUUGUACUGGCUUUUGAAAGAAAAUGUUAAUGAUCCUAUAGCUGGAGCAAGAAUGAAAUUGAUGUUGAAUAGCCUACUUACCAUUGCUGGUGAAGCAAUGAGAGAGAGAAUAAAUUCACAAGAAGCAUUGCUUGAAGAUCUAUCAGCUAUUGCUGAUACAAUUAAAAAUACCAAAGAAUCUUUGAGGUUAAAUAUCCUGUUCCAUAAACUAGAAAAAACUCACCAUAUGCUAGUUGAAAACCCUACGUGUUUACCUCUUAGUCCCAGCUGGGAAGUAUGUGGAGUAGAUGUAAAGUCAUGUUCAUACUUUACAUCAAAUACCUUACCUUUAAGGCUAACAUUUCAUACUCCAGAGAUGACAGGAACUAAUAAUGAAGCUAUUUUCAAAGUAGGAGAUGAUUUGCGACAAGAUAUGAUAACAAUACAGAUGAUUCGCAUUAUGGAUAAACUGUGGUUGAAGGAAAGUUUGGACUUGAAAAUUGUAACUUUUAACUGUGUGGCUACUGAAUUUAGGAAAGGAAUGGUUGAAUUAGUUCCCGGGGCAGAGACAUUACGCAAAAUACAGACAGAACAAGGACUUACUGGAUCUUUCAAAGAUCGUUCCAUAGCAGAAUGGUUGCAGAGAUACAAUACUUCAGAAUUAGAAUAUCAGCAAGCAGUUGAAAAUUUCACUUUGUCCUGUGCAGGGUAUUGUGUUGCAACUUACAUAUUAGGCAUUUGUGAUAGACAUAAUGAUAAUAUAAUGUUGAAAACAUCAGGACAUAUUUUCCACAUUGAUUUUGGUAAAUUUUUAGGUGAUUCUCAAAUGUUUGGUAACAUUAAACGAGACCGGACACCUUUUGUUCUGACCUCAGACAUGGCCUAUGUUAUAAAUGGUGGUGAUAAACCUUCUAAGAAAUUUCAAUAUUUCAUUGAUCUUUGUUGCCAAGCUUUUAACAUAAUCAGAAGUCACAGGAAUAUGUUCUUCAAUCUUUUCUCACUUAUGAUAUCAUCUGGAAUUCCUGGUAUGUCAAUGAAUGCUGUGAAUUAUAUUGAAAAAGCCUUGCUGCCCAAUAUGUCUGAAGCUGAAGCAACAGUUCAUUUUACACAAAUGAUACAAGAAAGUCUAAAAUCUUGGUUCACGCAAUUCAAUUUUUUUAUUCACAAUUUAGCUCAACUAAGGUUUACAGGGGAUCACAAUGAAGGAUUUAUGCUCUCUUUUAUACCUAAAACUUAUACCAAAGAAACGGAUGGAAAGAUUAUGAGGGCUGACGUUAUUGGAUACGAGAAAAUGUAUGACCCUGAAAAAUAUUACAUCUAUGUAGUCAAAAUUGAGAGAGAGAAUCUGCCAGAUUCCAUGUUUGUUUACAGAACAUAUCGAGAAUUUAUUGAAUUUCAUCAGAAACUUAGUAUGAUGUUUCCCCUGGCAAAAUUCCACCCAUUGCCUGGGAAUCCACUAAUGGGUAGAACUAAUGUGCGAGAAGUUGCUGAUAGACGUAAAAUGGAAUUGAGCAUGUUUUUGCACUCGUUAAUGGCAAUGGCUGAAGAAAUAGCUCAUUGUGAUUUAGUAUAUUCGUUUUUUCAUCCUUUGUUGCGAGAUCAGGAAGGUAUGGAGAGAGAAAACGAAGCCAGGAAUUUUUCAUCUCGAUCGCGACGAAGUAGCUCUUUAACAGAGAUCCAUGGACAGAUAAAAAUAUCAACUGUAUAUAAAAAGGAUUCUUUGUUUAUUAUGGUGAUGCAUGCUAAAAAUUUGAGUUCUCCUAAGGGUACAGCUCCUGACCCCUAUGUAAAGACAUAUUUAUUGCCUGACCCAAAUAAAACAACAAAGCGAAAAACCAAAAUCGUAUCAAAAAGUUGUCAUCCAACUUUUAUGGAAAUGCUGGUUUACAACUUACCAUUAGAAGUGGUCCGUCAUAAAGCCCUUCACGUUUCAGUCUGGGACUAUGACAGAGUUCAAGAAAAUGAAUUUCUCGGUGCUGUUCUUAUUCCUUUGAAUUAUGACUUAAGUAAAGAAAUCACCCAGUGGUAUUCUCUUGGUCAAUUCAAUAGCAGUUAAGUGAUUUAUUAUUAUUAUUAUUGUUGAAUAUUAACCCUGGUUACAAUUUAAGGCUGAAUUGGUUUUUGGUUCAUUGAUGCUACUUUUUUUCUUAAAUUAUUAGUUGCAUUCUGUUUUUAAACACGUUUGCUUUAGCAAAAUCACAUUAUUUAAAUUGAAAGUAUAUUUGAAAGAAAUGCACUUCUUAUAUAAGAGUGUUCAUCUGUUGUUUAUAGUAUAAGCCGAUAAUACAGCUGCUCCAAUUUUUUGCAUGAGUGAUUUUUACCUUGCAUUUUUAUAUGCUGUGGUACAUAAAAUGUCCAUUUAUAUAUAAGUAAUUUGUGUGGCCCAUUUUUUAAAAAUGAUGUAAAUAAAUUUAAAUACUUUUUAAGGAAAAUUGCUCUGAUAUUGCCAAAAAGAAUGAAGUUUCAAAGUUUUUUUCCAUGAAAUUAAUUUUUUAAUUAGUAAUUUUAGUAAUUGUUAAUUUUGCUUUAUAUAUUAGUGAGAUCUUAGUUAUAUUAGAUCACAAUGAAUUGUCUUUUGUAGAUUUUUUUAAUGAUUGAAUGAUAUUUAAUGUUUACUGAAGUUGUGUAAAAACCUUUUCUUAUUUGUAUCUGUUUAUAUUUAUCAAACUUAAUUCAUGUUUAUGUUUUUGUCUUUACUUUUGUAAAUUGUGAUAAAUUUAUAAUGUAUUAAUUCAUACCAUCAGAAUCUUUCCUAAUAUUUUAUAAUAGCAACAAUCAGGUUAUUGUAAUUUUCAUUCAUUUAAAGUAUUCUUUUUAUUAUUUCCAAAGGAAGGGGAAAGCUAUUCUUUUUAAAUAAAAAUCAGUAACUACACUGGUAGGUAAAAGUAAUUUUUGUGGAAUAUAAAUGAAAAUAUUAAAAACCAUUAAAAGUCCAAACUAAUUUGGAAUUGUAAUAUCUAAAUUGUCAUAUUAAGGUUUGUAUCAUUAAAAUGAGUUUUAGAAUAUCAAUGCAGUUUUUAUUUAAUAUAAAAAUUACACAUAUUUGAAUUUUACUUAAAUAUGUAAUGAUUGUAUAAAAAUAUGUUUCGGAUCCUAAUUGAGGGGAAGAAAUUUCAUCUCUGGAAAAAAAUUUAAAUAUAUUUUAAAUUUAUUUUUAUGGUCAUGAUAUUUUUAUAGCUAGUUACUUGCUGGUCAUUUUUUAGCUUUAUAUGAUAUGCUUGAAAAGUAUUAUUCUUAAAGAAUUCAUAUUUUAUAUGUAAGAUGGUGUUCAUUUAUUAAUUCAACUGUUAACAAUUGUGUUUGUGUUUGUUUCAACUUUUAUUAGUUUUCUUUAAUUAUAAAUUUAUUUCAAGUAUAUUCAUUGCAUUACUAGGCAAAAUAAUUCUAGCUGAUUUUUAUUCCUUGAUGUUCAUAAUAAGUAGUUAUUUAACAAAUUUCUGUUUCAUCUCAUUUUUUUUUUUUCCUUUAAUCUCACCACAAUUCUAAUAAAUGUACUAUACUUUAAUCUAUCACUCAUAUAAUUAAAUACGUUUUUAUAAUGCAUAUCCAUGUAUAUUGUUAGCCCAGCAGCUAUCAAAAUGCUCUCUAAAUCCUAUAAUUACCUUAAAUUAUAAAAUUUAUGAUACUGUUAUCUCCUCCAUGACAUAAGUUUGCUGUAGACAUAUGUAUACUAGUACCUAUGGCAAUGGAAAAAUGGCUUUUAGAUUAAAAUUUAUAAUUAGUGACAUUUUUUUUGUUGGAUUAUAGAAAAGUGUCUUAAUAUUAUAAGUACAUAUAUGCACAUACAACCUCAAUUUUAGACUGGGUUUAUAUUUCAGUUUGUAAAAUACAUUAAUGAAGUUUGAUAAAUAAUGCAAAGUAAAUGCAAAUCGCUUCAAAUAUAUCAGCUAAGUUUGACUAAAAAAUCAAGUAUUGGACUUUUUUAAUAUAUGUAUUGUUUAAAUUUGUAAACAGCUUUUCUUAUCCUUCUUACAUUCUCUACUCUUUCCUGCAUAUUUUAUUUACUAUAAUUAUAGUUCCUUCAAAUUCAUUAACAAAUAGAAUAAUGUAUCUUUGUAUAGAGAAUUAUCAAAAAUCUUUAGUGGUAAGAAUGAAAUUUAAAAAAAAACAUUUAAAUUUUUAUGCUGUAUUUUUUUUAGUCGCUAGUCUAAAAUUUGUUUGACUAUUUUUCUUUUUUUUAAGUUAUAUGUAUAUACA